CCCACUUGGGUUUUACUUCUCUUGUUCUUUUCUGUGUACACUGUAGAGACUAAAAACCCUCACACCCUUAAACCCUAGUUUGUAGUCCUCUUGUAAGGUGUUUUUUGUGUGUGUGAUAGAGAGAUUCAUCCGAUGGCUACUUCAAUGCUCCUAAGAUCUUCGAUUCGUCGGGAAUUCCAUUCGACCUCUUUAGCUUCCUACAGAUCUUUGACUGGUAAUGGAAAGACUUCAUCAGUCACCUUACCUUUGGGUAACAGUUGGGCAAGUUUUACAAGAUAUUUUAGCUCAAAGCCGCCAGGAAAUGACGUCAUUGGUAUUGACUUGGGUACUACCAAUUCCUGUAUAGCAGUUAUGGAAGGAAAGGCUGCCAAAGUGAUUGAGAAUUCUGAAGGUGCUCGGACCACACCAUCAGUGGUUGCUUUCAACCAGAAAGGAGAGCGGCUUGUAGGAGCCACAGCUAAACGUCAGGCUGUGACAAACCCUACAAAUACAUUUUUUGCGACAAAACGUCUAAUAGGGAGACGGUUUGAUGAUCCUCAGACACAGAAAGAAAUGAAUAUGGUACCUUAUAAGAUAGUCAAAGCUCCCAAUGGAGAUGCUUGGGUGGAAGCUAACGGACAGCAGUACUCCCCAAGCCAGAUUGGUGCUUUCGUUCUUACAAAGAUGAAAGAAACAGCCGAGUCAUAUCUUAAUAAGGGUGUGAAUAAAGCUGUAAUUACUGUUCCAGCGCACUUCAAUGAUGCACAAAGGCAAGCCACAAAGGAUGCUGGAAGGAUAGCUGGUCUAGAUGUACAAAGAAUUAUUAAUGAACCAACUGCUGCUGCACUUUCUUAUGGUUUAAAUAACAAGGAAGGUACCAUUGCAGUAUUUGAUCUUGGAGGUGGAACUUUCGAUGUUUCUAUUCUUGAAAUUUCCAACGGUGUUUUUGAGGUAAAAGCAACAAAUGGAGACACUUUUUUGGGAGGGGAGGAUUUUGACAAUUCCCUUUUAGAAUUCUUGGUGGGUGAGUUCAAGAGAACUGAAGGGAUUGAUCUAUCAAAGGACAAGCUUGCUCUGCAGAGACUUCGGGAAGCUGCAGAGAAGGCUAAGAUAGAACUGUCAUCGACAUCCCAGACUGAAAUCAACCUUCCUUUCAUAACUGCCGACGCUUCCGGCGCUAAACAUCUGAAUGUAACAUUAACCAGAUCAAAAUUUGAGACUUUGGUGGAUCACAUGAUUGAAAGGACCAGAACCCCUUGUCAAAAUUGUCUGAAGGAUGCUGGUGUCUCCAACAAGGAAGUAUCUGAAGUUCUUCUAGUUGGAGGAAUGAGUCGUGUUCCCAAGGUACAGCAAAUAGUUGCUGAAAUUUUUGGGAAAAGUCCAAGCAAGGGGGUUAAUCCUGAUGAGGCAGUUGCAAUGGGAGCUGCAAUUCAGGGUGGUAUCCUUCGUGGAGACGUGAAGGAGUUGCUUUUAUUGGAUGUAACGCCACUAUCACUCGGCAUUGAAACUCUUGGUGGAAUUUUCACCAGGUUGAUUAACAGAAACACCACCAUCCCUACAAAGAAGUCUCAGGUCUUCUCUACAGCUGCAGACAGCCAGACUCAAGUUGGAAUAAAGGUGCUUCAAGGUGAGCGUCAAAUGGCAUCCGACAACAAGCUUCUGGGAGAGUUCGAACUUAUGGGUAUCCCACCUGCCCCUAGGGGCAUGCCACAGAUUGAAGUGACAUUCGACAUUGAUGCCAAUGGCAUUGUUACUGUUUCUGCCAAGGAUAAGACAACUGGAAAAGAACAACAGAUUACCAUUAGAUCAUCUGGAGGUCUUUCAGAGGACGAGAUUCAAAAGAUGGUUAGGGAGGCCGAGUUGCAUGCUCAGAAAGAUCAGGAGAGGAAAGAACUGAUUGACAUCAGAAAUUCUGCUGACACAACCAUAUACAGCAUUGAGAAAAGCUUAACUGAGUAUAGGGAUAAGAUUCCAUCAGAGGUGGCGACAGAAAUCGAGUCUGCUGUGUCUGACCUAAGGAAAGCAAUGGGUAAUGACAAUGCUGACGAGAUCAAGGGAAAGAUUGAUGCUGCAAACAAGGCAGCUUCAAAGAUUGGACAACAUAUGGCUGGAGGCUCAGGUGGGGCUGCCUCUGAAGGGUCCCAGGAUGGGGAGCAACCUCAGGAAGUAGAAUAUGAGGAGGCCAAGAAGUAGAGGUUGGAACAAUUUAUAGAUGAAGCACUGUGACUUUGUAUUUCAGUCAAAUUAUGGUAGGAAAUUAUUUCAUAAUAGGAAGCAGAUUGUGAAACCAGUCCGGAGAUUGGGGCGAUAUACUAAAACCAAUGCAGUUUUAGUCUAUUCUACAACAAUUAUUCUUUGAUGCUUUGUCAUCAUUAAGUUUUGGAAGCUGGAACAUCUACAUUUAAUGAGCAUAG